AGAGAGAGAGAGAGAGCUAAAGAGCAUCCAUGGCUUGAAGGAAAAGAAAAGUUUUCUGAGCUUUUCAUCUGUUUCUAUAAACCCUUUCGACGACGAGUGAAGAAGAAAGAGAGAAGAAGAAGACGAAGAAGAAGAAGCAAAAAUGUUCAGAAACCAAUACGACACAGAUGUCACCACAUGGAGUCCUACAGGUCGUUUAUUCCAAGUGGAAUACGCCAUGGAAGCAGUGAAGCAAGGAUCUGCAGCAAUUGGACUCAGAUCUCGUUCCCAUGUCGUCUUAGCUUGUGUUAACAAAGCUCAAUCUGAGCUUUCUUCUCAUCAGAGGAAGAUCUUCAAAGUCGAUGACCAUAUCGGUGUUGCAAUCGCUGGUCUUACCGCCGAUGGCCGUGUUCUUUCUCGGUAUAUGAGAUCGGAGUCGAUUAAUCAUUCGUUUACUUAUGAGUCUCCUCUUCCUGUUGGUCGUCUCGUUGUUCAUCUUGCUGAUAAGGCUCAGGUCUGUACCCAACGAUCAUGGAAACGUCCCUAUGGCGUGGGUUUACUGGUAGGUGGACUGGAUGAGUCUGGUGCCCACCUUUACUACAACUGUCCAAGCGGAAACUACUUCGAGUACCAAGCUUUUGCUAUUGGAUCCCGUUCCCAAGCGGCAAAAACCUAUCUGGAACGCAGGUUUGAGAGCUUUGGGGAUUCUUCACGAGAAGAUCUGAUAAAAGAUGCAAUUUUGGCUGUUAGGGAGACACUACAAGGGGAAACACUGAAGAGUUCUCUCUGCACAGUCUCUAUUCUAGGAGUCGAUGAACCAUUCCACUUCUUGGACCAAGAAGCGAUACAGAAAGUGAUCGACACAUUCGAGAAAGUUCCAGAAGAAGAUGAAGGCGAAGGCGAAGCUGAUGAAGGUGAGGCCGAAGCUGCUGCCGCUGCACCUGCAGAACAAGGUGGUGGUGCUGGUGCAGGUGACCAAGACGUGGCUCCAAUGGAAAUGUAAGACUUUUGUGUGUGUAACGCCAGAAACUAUUUAUUUCGAUGUUAGCUGGAUUUACUUUUGCAAAUGGUUGCGUGAAGUUUUUUCAUUUGGUCAUAUAAACUCAAUAGCUGCCAUUGAGACUUUCUCGUAGUUUUGCUCUUUUGGUUUUUAAAUCUGAAAUCUGUUCACCA